AUGACUGGCAGAAGUUCUGGAGCUGGUGGAAAAAAGCAAUUGAACAAGAAUCAGGUUUUUAAACGACAAAAAGUCCGUAAUGCAAGAACUAUUAGAACAGAAGCACUUGCCUCAUCUAAAGAUGGUAAUGACAUAAGUGAGUCGGGAGGGAUGUUGAAGGUGGACCAGUUCAUCUUAUCUCGUAAAUUUGAAAUUAAACAACUUCAAUUGGCGAUGCAUAACUCUAAAUUAACUAGUUCUACAAGAGUAUUCCAAGCGUUACCGAGGAAAUUACGUAGAAGAACAGCUUCCCAUAAUGUCAGAAGAAUUCCCAAAAGAAUGCGUAAUAGAGCAUUGAGAGAGAUGAUGAAAAGUGAUCAACAACAGAUAACCAAACGAAGACCUAAAAACAGUAAAACUCACGGAUUAACAGCAGCACAACUUUAUAAAUUGAGAAUGUCUGUCAAAUUAUUAAGAUUAGCAGGAAAAUCAACUUCACUGAAAUUAGCAUUACCAGAAAAUAUAACUGCGUCAAAUUGUAAUAUUAGACAAAAAAUGAAAUCUUUGAAGACAAUUAUUAAGGAGUCCAAAAAUUCUAAAUCGGAUGUGAUUAAAUUAAAUAAUAAGAUGGGUAGUUAUGAUAAUACGGGAAUGAAUAAACUGGCACCCAUCCCCAAAGGUCGUAUCAAGUAUUUCAAAAGACAGAGAUUUUUUACUUGGUUACCUACUCAUGUCUGGAAUGCCAAAAGAUCUCAUAUGAUCAAAAGAUGGGGGUACCAAAUACCGUGGUCACCGACACAAAAGUGUUUUAAAUCUACUCAUAGAUUAGGCAGCCACUCUGCUGCGUCGGAUGGUGCCUUGUGUAUGGAUUCUAGUUUUAUGGGAACCAUGAUUGUCAACGAUAAUUCUCCAGAAAAGGUAGAUAAUUUUUUGAAAUCCCUCAUUUCUGAUAUGACACGUAAAAGAGCUACGUUAAAGAAAUAUAUAGAAUCCCAAACAUGGUUUCAAGGUUUAAUUUAUGAUACAAACCAGGUAGCACAAGGUCCUUGUGAAAUUCUAUGGAUUAAUGAAAAUUCCGUCAUUGUCCGUCUGCAUCCAUCUCUUUAUGUCUCAGUUUUCAACAGAUUAUUAGAAUUGGGCAAGAAGAGAUUAUCAAUUCAAGAUUGUCGCUAUUCUUUAGGAAGUAUUACAAUUAGAGGUGCUAAAGCUCUUACUGCAUUAUCUAGCAUACUAAGAUCUCCCAUGAGGUCUACCUCUUUUAAUCAGUUUAAAACCAUUGCAAACGUAACUGACGAAACAAUUCUGCCCCAAAGAUCUAUGUUUGCAUUUGAAUGUAGUGACCCAAGAUACCUAUCAACACCUAAAAAAUUGAAUACAGGGCAACCGAAUGGACCUUCUGCAGAUGAUAUUAUAAAUUUACAAACUGCUUUCCCAAAAGAUGACAUUGCAUCUAUAUUAUCAAAAGUAACUGAUCCUAAAUUACGUGAAAAAUCGUAUGAAAAUCAAAAUACAUUGAAAGGACUUGCCAAAAGACGUCAACAAUUGCAAACGAUGAAACCGGCUGAUUCUUUCAAAAACUUGAUUCCAUUUAGAAAAGAACAAGAUCCACUAAUCCCAAUAAUAUUAGUAAGAAGGUAUAUUACCAAGGAUUGGGUGUUAAUAGUACCAUGGUUUUGGUUGUUACCAUUUUGGUAUCAGCUUAACCGUGUAUCUAGAGUUUAUCACACUGGAUUAAGACAAUGUCAACAAUUAGACUUUGAAGAAGGUCGUCUGUAUUUCCCAGAUGAUUACCCAUUUACAAAGAUUGGUUACAUGGAGAAUUCCCUAUAUAAAAAGGAAACACUGCAAGCAAAGUGGCAGAAGAAACCUGUCAGUAAAAAAGUGAAUUACGCAAAAAUAAAGGGAAUCCAUUUUAAUGAACUUCCUGCUUUCACUGGCGAAAUUGGUGAUUAUUUUAGUUGUGAUUGGAAGCUCUUACAAAUUUUAAGAAAUGGUAUUUGUUACCUCAGUAAAAAUUCUGAAGAACUUAAAACCUGUGACCCGAAAAGAACCGCACAAUUUGAUGAAAAAACAGGGUAUAGAUUAAUCAAUAAUUUAAACGACGUUUUUGAAGUAUACAAUGAUGUUAAAAACAAUGUGGUAGACGAUUCUGAAUUGCCUAUUAAAUUAGUCAAUAAGGCUUCUAGUUUUGAAGCUCCUGACCUGAUGUUUAAUGGACCUAUAUCUGUUUCUAUUGCCAAGGUGCCGAUCCCUGUUAUGGCUGUAUCGUGUUCUUUAGUUGAAAAGGGUCAUGCCAAAGACAAUGCAAGAAUUUACCGAAUUCCGGAAAAGGAUAUGGGAUUCUGGCUGCAAAUGUUAAAGGGCAUAUACCGAUCUGAUGGUAAAAAAGACCACGAUCAAGAAAUCCCGUUACCAGGUGUACAAGAUUUGAUUGGGUUUAUCACCAGUGCGACAUACCACCUUGGAGAAGGUCAUGGUAUGGCGACUGGAUACAUCUAUAACAGACCGUUCUCAGAUAUUAAUGAUCAAAAACUUGUUCUUAUCAGAAAUAUAGGAACAAAUGUAUAUAGGCUAGCCAAAUGGAAACAAAUAGUUGUGUAG